AUGUCUAAUCCUUUUGAGGAUGAUAUAGAUAAUAAUGAAUCAUUGGUUAAUGAUCAAAAUUCAAGUAAUGAAGGUUAUUAUGAAAAUAAAAAUUUACAUAUAAUACAAUCAUCUCCAAUGGAUUCAUUUGAACAAAUUUUGUUAGAAAAACUUCAAAAUUGUAAUAAUGUUGAUAAGAGACAAGAACUAAUAGAAUUCUUGGAAAAUAAAUUAGAAAGUAUAAAAAAUCAAAAUGAAGAUAAUGAAAAAAUUUUUGUCCAAAAAGCUGUACUUAUAUUAUAUUUAGUAAAUUUAAAAACAAAACAAAUUUUAGAUGCUGCCUGUGAAAAUGAUGAUAAAGUAAAAAUUUGUCUAAAUAAUCUUGAAAAUUUUAUCAAUAAUUCUGAGGUUGUAAAUGUAAUUAGAGAAAAUAAAAAUGCUGUUAUGAAGAUGAUGGAAGAUAAUGCAUGUUUGGAGGGUAAAUUAAUGUUAGCUAAAAUGUUGAAAGAUAGAGAGACUAUAAUUGAUACAUAUAUAAGAAUGGAAUUAUUUUCAGAGGCUUUUUCAUAUUUACUUUCUCAUUAUGAAUUUAUGUACUUUAGAAAAUAUAUGAAUUAUUUUAUUGAUAAAAUUCCUGAAAAAUUAGUAGAAUCAUUAUGUAAUGAACCUGUAUUUAAAAAUUUACCUUCAGCUGUUUAUCAAAAAAUUGUUUUUGAGUUAGCUGAAUUUGAAUCUAAAAAGAUUACAUGCUCUAAAGAGAUUAAUAAUCUAUGGAUUGCAUUAACAGCACAAGAUGAUCCUUCUUUGUUAUAUCCCUUUUUGAAAAAAAAAUUAGAAUCUUUUUCUGGAAAAAUUGACAUUAACUUUGCAUUAAGUGUUGUUAAUAAUAACAAAAAUCUAUAUAAAUGUCAGGCAUUAUUAAAUUGUGCACUAGGUCUUUGGGAUAAGGCUGUAAGUAUUUCUUUAGAAGCUAAUGAUUUUUCUUAUGCAAAAGAAUGUGUUAUGAAAAUGGUGGAAGCUGGAAAUGAUGAUCCAUUAGAUGAAUUAAAGAAAGAACAAUUUUUGUUUGGUGAAACACAAAAAUUAGAACUUGGUAAACCAACAAAAGCUGAUCAAAAUAGGGUUUGGAGAAUUUUGACAAAUUAUGUCUUAGAACAUGAUGAUUCUCAGACAGCUCUUAAGAAAUGUUUAUCAUUUAUUAAAGAUUCUAAUGGAUGUUUAAAAUUUGAAGAAAUUUUAGCUUUAUUUCCAUCUAUAUCCUGUAUUUCUGAUAUCAAAGAACCUUUAAGAGAUUGCCUAGAUUCAUAUCGUCGAAAACAAAAAAAAAUUAGUUGUGCUAUGGUAAAAGCAGAAGAAGCUAAUAGUAACAUUUCUAAAUACUUGAAUAAGUUAAAAAAAUGCCCAAUAAUUGUAAGACCACAGGAUAAAUGUUUAAAAUGUAAAGAAAAAGCAAUGAGUAAACCUUUUUAUGUUUUUAAUUGCAAACACAUUUUUCAUGAUAAUUGCUUUGAAGAAAUGGUAUCACAUGAAUGGAAAAAUAAUGAAAUAAGAGAUAAUUAUGAUACAAAAGAUAAUUUAAAAUUUUCUUCAAUUUCUCAACAUUGUCCAUUAUGUGGGUUGGAUGUUAUUGAAGGAAUAACGAAACCAUUAUUUUCCCCAGUGGAUUAUUUAGAAGAACUUCGUUCAUGGAAAAUAGAUACAGUUGGACUAAUAACCAUUUUAUACAUGAUAAACAUUAUAUUUUUGAAAUAUCGAAUGUCGUUUACAAUGUUAUGUAUGAGAGAUUUACAAAAAGCUGUUGAAGAUGUUAUGAUAAAACCGGAACAAAAUCGUUUAGAAGAUAUAAGACAAAGAAGCACAUUAACUGCACUUGAUUUGUGUGAACCAACAUCCUCAAAUAAUAAUAAAAAUAUAAUUAUUAAUAAUGUUGUAUGUGAUAAUAAUCACAAAACAUUAAAUAACUUACAUUCAUGGGAAAAAGGAAAUUUAGUAAUGGGAUUAACUGAUUUACCAUUGUCUAUAGGAAACACUUAUCUUCCAUAUAAUUCUAUUGAUUUUAAUAUGCCAUCUAACAAUACUGAAAUAUAUAAAAAUAAUGAAAGUAUAUUAAACCAACCACAUUCAAAUAAUAUCUCUUGUCAUACUCAAAUGUAUAAUUCAUUUGAACAAUUGUUAUUACGUAGUUCUUCCUCUAUACAGUCAUCUAAUACUACUCCUUAUCAUAUAAAAAUAACAAAUCCUAAUAUAAAUGAAUUAAGUAUAGAUGGAUUAAUUGAAAGUCGUAAGAAACGUUCUAAUUCAGUUUCUUCUUGCUGUCCAAUAAAAAAUUUUAAAUUUAAUAUAAAUACAUUUAAUGAUAUUUCUGAAAGUAAUUCAAACCAAUUAUAUGAUUCAUUAGAAAUACCAAAUACUUCAAUUGAUGGUUUUAAUUUAACUACUAAUGAAUAUAAUGAAAAUAACGAAGAUAUGGAUAUUGAAUAA